UUAGAAAACAAACAACAUUUACUGAUCUCGGGGAGUUUGGAGAACUGAAAUUUGUAUCAAACAACCAUGGAAAGUGAACAGGACUCAAGCACAUCCAUCAAAAAACAAGAAAAGAUGGCAAUUCCUAAAGUGGCGUCUAAAGACAUAUGGAAGAAAGGAGGACGAAUGAUCUCUUGGCUUGUUGGUUCUAAUGUUCUCUUGUUCAGCUGCACCUUGGUGACCUGUGUGUUCAACCAGCAUGUAGACAUAUGGCAAACAGACUUGCUUAUAUUUAUGUCUGUUAUGUUGGUUCUCUGCAUUCUGUGGAUGCUCUUUCAGAUGUUCUUCACCUGGAAGUACAAACAUGCCAUUUUGUACAAGGAUUGCCAUGCAGGACCCAUAUGGAUGAGAGGUGGAACAGUUUUUUUCGGUAUUGGUACCUUAGUUAUGGAUUGCUUUAAGAUUAUAUCUGCCGUGGGAUACCUGGGGUGUGAACCUCCUGUGAAAAUUAUCCAACCAAUCAUACAAGCAAUAUUUGUCAUUGUGCAGACAUACUUCUUAUGGGUUUCCUGUAAACAUUGUGUCCAGAUCUACUUAAAUUCUACAAGGUGUGGUCUCAUGCUGCUGAUGAUCAUUAACCUGGCAGUGUGGGUGAUUGCUGUUACAGAGGAAGCCAGACAUCACACUGUUGAAUUAGAAAGAUAUCUAUCACCAAAUGGAACCGAAAUGAGUGAAAACAUUAGCCAAGGUCGAUUUGAAAACUCUGACUGUGAGUGCACGUUAUUGUGUAAUUUUGUUCCCAGUGAAAUUUAUUAUUUAUACCCCUUCAACAUUGAAUACAACCUCUUUGCAGCCACCUUGAUUUAUAUCAUGUGGAAAAAUGUUGCACGGAAAAUUGAUGACAAUGCUUCCCAUAGCCAUGGGAAAGGACCAGCUGUUCGCAAACAUGUCCCUUUUCUGGGUCUAAUCUCAGGUCUGUCUGUUCUAGCUGCUGGCCUUGUGAUGUUCAUCAUGUACGAAAUAGGUAGGGAAAAUUCUUUCAACGACUUGUUAUCUCUCACCUCGUUCUACUUUUUCCAUGUGAUCAGCCUUGUGAUUAUGAGUUUGGCAAACUUGGUGGGCAUAAUUAUUUUCCACCUUGAUAAAAGACAUAUGGAUAAUGAGAAGAACCCGACUCGCACAUUGGAUAUGGUUCUACUACUGGGUACGACCGCAGGUCAAUAUGCAAUUUCUUACUACUCUAUUGUAGCCAUGGUGGCCACCAAUCCCUAUAGUCUCCUGAACUGUCUCACUCUUAUUUAUUCACUCCUUAUGAUUGUUCAGCACUCUCUCCAGAAUGUUUUAAUCAUUGAAGGAUUGCAUCGUCUCCCACCAAAUCACAGUAUCAACUACCUUGACUGUUUAGACACUUCUAGCUGCGAAAAAAUGAAAGAUGUAAGUUUUGUUUCCAACAUCCCUCCAAAUGCAUCUCAUCUUCCAGUUCAUCAACCAUCAAGAAGAACCACAUUUACUGAUGAACUCAAGUCACACCUCAAGAUUAGAAAAACAAUGAAGGAUAUUUAUAUGUUCCUCUUCCUCAGCAAUGUAAUUUUCUGGAUUAUGCCUGCAUUUGGAGCUAGGAUUCGUUUUGACAACGACUUGGAAGUAGAAUUUUAUGGGUUUACUAUUUGGGCCAUUAUUACCAAUAUCUGCCUACCCUUCGGGAUCUUCUAUAGAAUGCAUUCAGCUGCAACCUUGCUGGAACUCUACAACAAACAAUAAGUUAUUUCAGAGACACAACAGUUGUGUAUCUCUGAACAAGAAGCAACA